GUGUGAGCAGCGCAGAGAGGAACUGUGGUUCCUACCAGGGUUUCUCCUCCUCAACAAGCAGCCAUCCUCCCUCUCUGCCUCUUCUCCUCUGUUUUCCUCUCCUCAGAUGAUCCGUUUGGCAGCCACCUGCAGCCCAGACACAACAUGAGCUUACGGAAACUAAGUUUCAAAUGGUUCGGCAGCCUCACCAACCUCACUUUUCGCCGCUCCACCGAAAAGUCGGACUCCAAGUCUAAGUCUGGAGCCGGAGCAGGAUGUUCACCUGGAGAUGACAGCGAUCGUGGUUCCAUCUUAACUCCGGUGGCUGAGACGUCCCUGGACGACAUGGAGGCGAUGCGUCCUCGCACUGCCAGCUAUGUUCGCUCCAGUGAGAGCUACACACAUGUGGGCACGCUGCCACGACUGCUGAUGAGGAAGAAGGACAGGAGUAGUAAAGGAUCCAGCAGCAGCAAUAAGAAGAGUAAAGACAAGAGCAGCAUCAGCAGGAGUCAAAGCCAGCGACCUGCAGGAGACCAAAGCCACGGAUCUCUGAAGCUCACAGGUGGAGAUGAAGGUGCAGUGAAAGCUGACAGUGGGCUCAAACAAAACUCUCCAGCUGAUCCCAAGACACUGUCUGAACCUGAAGCUGAACUUAAAGCUUCAAACAUCCAGAACAGCCUCUCUGGAGCUGCCUGUGAGGAUGUGUCACCAUCUGCUGGUUCGAGUGCAGAACUGCAGGCAGGUGCAGACCUGAACCGUGGAGUCAUGGAGGAGGCUUCAUCAGCUCCACUGAGCCACGGGGAUGAUGACACUCUGGAAGUUGAUGGGCUUGUUUCUGAGCCAAAGCAGGAGGCAGCAAACAAAGGAAACCACGACUCUGACAGCCCCAUGGAGCCGACAGAGAACCAGGCUGAAUACGUUCAAUUCUCCAAGGAGAAGUAUCUGCUGGAGUCUCCCCCGGAGAAACUUCGUAAGGAGCUAGAGGAGGAGUUGAAACUGAGCCCUGCUGACAUCAGGAGCCAUGGCUGGUACCAUGGACACAUCCCCAGAGAGGUGUCAGAGACUCUGGUUUUACGUAACGGAGAUUUCCUGGUUCGUGACUCUCUGACCAGUGUGGGCGACUACGUUCUGACCUGUCGAUGGGAUAAUGAGGCGUUGCACUUCAAGAUCAGUAAAGUCCUGGUCAAAUCCAAUGAGACGAAGGUGCAGUAUAUGCUGGAGUCUGAUAGUUUCGACUCGGUCCAGGAACUCGUGCGGUUUUACGUGGGCCAACGUAAACCGGUCUCCCAAUCCAGCACUGUCCACAUCUACUGUCCAGUCAGCAGAACUCUUCCUCUGCGCUACCUGGAGGCCACGUUCGCCCUCUCCAACAGCAAGCAGGGCUUGGCCUACUCGCCGUCCAGUCAGAGGGGAGCGUACAUCAAGAGGAGGAGCGUCACCAUGACCGACGGGCUGACGACGGAGAAGAUGAUACCUCACAGUGACUCAGACAGUCCCAGUCCGGUUGAGACACCAGUGGCACAACCAGAACCAGAGCCGGAACCUGUGCCCAUCUGCAGUCCGUCGACAAUCCACCACCACAAAGAUGCAAUGCGGAACUGUGCGAUGAGCAUGGACCAGAUUCAGGAGUAUCGCUGCCCCUUGUCACCUGUUGGAGAAGCUCCACUAUCUCCUGCGUACAGUGCUAUCACCAGGCAGAGAGCCCACUCAGGCGGACGGGUCCUGGCCGUCGUCCCUCCUUCCCCCGUGAUGCGACGCUCCAGCGACCCCCAGCUCAGCCCCUCAGCCAGUAACAACCCUGCAGAGUUUCCAGCUCACACCUCUCACUCGGUGCACUCCUCACCCGCCCAUCAUCCCAGCUACCAGCCGCAUUCCUCAGAAACAGCAGGGAGCUACUGUGACCUCAGACCGUGUCCCUCCGGGCCUCCCAAACCUCCGGCUAAGAGCUAUGUAGAGCGACUGCGAGUGGAGGAAGGGAGGGAGGAGGGAGCGAGAGAGGAAGGAGAGGGGAUGUUCAGCGCUCCGCAGGUGGAGACAGCUUCUUCAUUCAGGCCGUCCAGGUACGAGUCUUGCCUUAUGCCGGCUGAGAACAAGCCUCUGGAGAUGUCUGUGCUGAAGAGAGUCAAAGAGCUGCUGGCUGAGGUGGAUGCAAGGACCGCAGCUAAACACAUCACCAUGGUGGACUGCAUGGUUGCAAGAAUAUUAGGUGUGUCCUCAGAAAUGCAAAGGAUGAUGGGAGUGUCCUCAGGGCUGGAGUUACUGACACUACCACACGGACACCAGCUCAGACUCGACCUGCUGGAGAGGUUCUACACCAUGUCCAUCAUGAUGGCCGUGGACCUCCUCGGCUGCACAGGGAGCACAGAGGAGAGGGCGGCGCUGCUCCAUAAGACCAUCCAAUUAGCAGCAGAGUUGAAAAGCAAUCUGGGCAACAUGUUCGGCUUUGCUGCUGUGAUGAGAGCCCUGGAGCUGCCGCAGAUUUCCCGCCUGGAGCAGACGUGGGUAACUUUACGCCAGAGACAUACAGAGGGAGCUAUUCUAUAUGAAAAGAAACUCAAACCUUUCAUGAAGAAUAUGAAUGAUGGCAAAGAAUCCAGUGCUCUGUCAAACACCUCCUUCCCCCACAUCAUUCCCGUCCUGUCGUUACUGGAGCGAGGUGUUGCUCUCGGGGAAACUCUGGAGCCCUGGGAGAGUGCGGAGGUGGGAGUGGAUGUGGUCAUGUACCACCUAGAGGCAGCUCGUACCAUCGCACAUCACGGGGGAAUCUACAGAACCAACACAGAGACCAAAUUGCAGGGAUUUCAGGAGCGAGCAGAGAUUCACGAAAUCUUCCAGACGGAGUUUCAGAUGCGUCUCCUGUGGGGCAGCCGCGGCUCCGAGGGCAGCCAAUCAGAGCGCUACGAGAAGUUCGACAAGGUCCUCACCGCCCUAUCACACAAGCUAGAGCCUCCUGUGCGCCACAGCGAGCUAUAGCAGCCGCCCGGCCUUGAUCCGACGUCGCCAAAACACUUUGCAAUGACCGCUCUUAGUGCUACGGUCUUGUUUUGCAUCGAUAAUGUGGGAGCUUGGACACUGGGAGAAGAGAGCGAAUGAAGAGGCAGCUAACGGAGCAUGUGCAGUGAGCAGGAGGAAAACAGGAAGGAGAGUCUCACUUUUACACGUGUUGCACUCACUAUGGACUCGGAAAUAAGGCACAGAGUGUCUUCUGUUCCUCUCGGUGGACACUUAGUGCUGAAAUAUUUAAAUGCAAGAGAGAGGAGACAAGCUGAGUGGAGAAGAAGAGAAGGGUGUCCAGCUCUUCUAGUACAAUAACAGUGUAUGGUGUCCCCAGAGGGCCAAACAGAGCUACAGAAUUUGGCUUUGCUCCAGUAAAACAAAGACGCUCAACUGCUGUCACACGCUGUAGCCGAAAUGACAACAAUAACUUACAUAGCUCAUAUAUAAAUGUUAAGUCUGUGCGAGUGAAUGUGUGUGUGUGUGUUGGUAAGCGUGUUUCAGUUCCUUCAUUUUAAUGUUUCAUGUGUUGUUAUUUUUUGUCGUAUUUAUUUGUUUUGAUCAAAGGACAUCGUAACAUUCUGGACAUUGCUUCAUGAGAAUCUGUCAGUGCUCAUUCUGAGGAAAACCCUGUUCAUAAAACUUCAUUAAAGAUGUAUCAAGUAGUCCCAUUGAAUCCCAUUAAAAAUGUAUCAGGCAUGCAUUAAUAAAUGUAUCAGAAAUGAAACAUUUGCAGAAGUAAUGCAGCAACUUCUAUGUGAAGGGCUUUGCGAGUUGUUGAAAAUGUUAAGAGAACAAAGCAACUCCCUGCUGUUGUGGCUGUUUGACUAACACAUUUGAUAUUGUGUCUCCUGUGCACAAAAUGUAGCUAAAAACAGCAUCAUGAAAGAAAUAUGGAAUGUAUACACCUUAAAUUUGAGUUAAAGCAAUGUUUCACUUAGUGUAUAAACAUUUAUGAACAUGCUUUGGUUUGGCUCGAGCUUCAGUUUUUUGCUGAAAUGGUUAAAAAGGUUGAUGCACGUGCUUAUAAAUGUCACACCGAGUAAAAUGUUGGUUUAAUAACAUUUUAAAUGUAAAGAAACUUGAGAAAUAUACAAAUGAUUCAGUGAGGAUAUUUUAUAUCUGUGGAAAAUCUUUAAAUGAUGAAUGAAAAUCUGUCAUCUUGAAUUAUUUUUCACUUGUAAUUGAGUUCUUUUCAGUUUGAAAACUGAAUGAAGUGAUGUGUACAACACAGCUGGGCUACAGAGAAUGUCUUCAGUGGAUGAGUGCUUUCGAAUUUGUGUUUCAGCAAUAGAGCUAAAAUGACUGGAGUAAUUUUUGUUUCUAUGGGGAUUACAUUUUGGUGGACUCUUCAGUGUUACAUUUCUGCUGUAUUAACAGUAUACGGGCCUGAGAGGGCCGGAGCCGACUCUCAGAGCUAUGCAAUCACUUCAACCAAGGGCUGAGACCCCUGAGGAACAAACUCCCACUUAGACUACAUGAAUCCUGAACCUUUCCUCUCCAAAUAGAUGAUCUAUAUAUGGAUGAAAGUUAUAUCAGAUCUCACUCAAACAGAAAUAAUUCUGGAAAUCUUUCUUCUAUCCUUGACUUGCAUAUUAGAGAUCCUUAAAUGGGUGUUUGAUUGAGUUUAACCCCCGUCUUCUACUGUGGCAGCAGAUCACAGUUCAUGAGUUAAGGAGUCAUGUGCCAGUUCCUAUUGUGGUCCAACAGGGGGCGCUAUAGUCAGCAGAAAAAACAAACAAAACACUGAAUCAUUAAUUGUAAUACUGAAGACAUAUAGACACAUAGAGAUACAACACAUGUAUUGUGUGUGUCCUGAGACCAAGAGGAUGCCUACUGGUUUAGGUCUGAUAACACUGAUGAUGUGAAAUGUUUUUAUUUGUGCUCUGUUGAAUGAUGUACAGGAAUGCUCUGACAGCGUGUGGAUCCUCCUGUUGUGUCUGACAGGACCGUAUGAGAUGAACUUGAAAAGCAAAAAAAAGACGAGAAAUGAUUUAGGACUGAUCUCAUGUUUUUUUACGUACUGUACAUAGCAAUUCACUUUUUUUCAAAUAAAAUGAUUGCUUGUG